AUGGAUAGGGAGCAAGAGGAGAUGCAAUUCCUUGGGCUCUUUGGGAUCUACAAGGAGUCCUGCAAGAUCAUCUUCACAUGGAGGAAGAUCUUCACCCAGAUCACUCUUGCCUUAAUCCUCCCUUUAUCUUUCAUCUUCCUAAUCCACAUGGAAGUCUCCGACCUCCUCGUCUCCAAGAUUGGCCUCACCGAGGUCGAGAUGGACGAGACCCGGUUCGGCAGCCCGACCUACAACAAGCUCGCCCAGCUCGCCUCCAAGGAAUGGACCGCUUACUUGAUCUUCGAGGCAGCCUACUUCACGUUCCUCCUCGUCUUCUCCCUCCUCUCGACCUCCGCGGUCGUCUACACCAUUGCGUGCGCCUACACGGGACGUGCCGUCGAUUUCAGGAAAGUUGUGAGUGUGGUCCCUAGGGUCUGGAAGCGGUUGAUGGCCACCUUCUUGUCAAUCUUCAUCGGCCUGCUGUGCUACAACAUGGUGUCGAUCAUAGUAUUGAUCUUUUGGGCAAUCUCCAUCGGGUCCAUGGAUUUCGGGAUCUUCCUGUUAUUUGUUCUUUUGGGAUUAUAUAUUGUUGGAUUCGUGUACAUGACCAUAGUAUGGCAAUUGGCCUGUGUCGUGUCUGUGUUGGAGGAAGAUUGUGGGGUUAAGGCCAUGAUCAAGAGCAGGGAGCUGCUCAGAGGAAAUAUGGGUGUGGCAGUAGUAAUCUUCUUUAAGCUCAACACAGCUCUCGUGCUCAUAGAGUUAGCGUUCGGGAUGCUUGUAAUCGAUGGGGAGUCAUCCAGGUUGGUGAGUAGGAUCGGGUAUGGGAUUCUGUGCUUCCUUCUGCUCGUCACGCUCAUCCUGUUUGGGCUCGUCGUCCAGGCGGUCCUCUACUUCGUCUGCAAGUCAUACCACCAUGAGAACAUCGACAAGUCGGCGCUCUCCGAUCACCUCGAGGUUUAUCUGGGAGAGUAUGUACCUUUGAAAUCCAAGGAUGUCCAACUCGAGCAGUAUCAUGUUUGA